AUGGAUGUCGACCCUCCAUUCUUUCAAAAGAGUUCUGGAUCAUCCACUGAAGACAGAGUUGGCUACAAGGGCUUGGUUAUACCUACAAUUCUUCAACCACAACAACAAGAAACUCAAAGCAGCAGUGCCGACGACUACCGUAGCGUCAUUGAUGAUUUAACAGUCGAGAUCCAAAAGCUCAAGGAUGAGCUGAAACGAUACAAGCAACGUGGACCUGAUACGCUACGUAAGGAGCAGCUCUUCGAGAUCAAGUUCCACGGCCUGCCCAAGCGCAAGAAGCGCGAACUGGAGGCAACGCUUCGGGAGUUCGCUGCCAACUUGGAAAACUCUCCUACCGUCUCAUCAUCACAGCAGAAGAAGUCAUCGCACAACAAGCUACAUUCUGGCUCCGGCUCCAAGCAUGCCUCUUCCUCCUCAGGCUCCAAUCUUCGCCAAAUCGACUCGGCCUAUGCCUCCAUGUCAACGGGCGCGAAUUCCUCGGGCGUAUCAAUUGGACGUCACACCAGCAACCAGACAGGCAUCAGAUCAUCUGAACAAAAGGUGGAGAGCUAUCUUCGAGACAUUCCCGAGGGCCUCUACCCCAAGCAUGUUGCCAUGACAGACAAGGAUAGAAAGAAGGUCGUUGUUCGCCGACUCGAGCAUCUCUUUACUGGAAAGAUUAAUGGACGCCAAGUUCGCCGGCAACUGCCUCUGCAUACAAUGCUUCAACAUCCUCAAAUCUCUGCGUCAUUGGCCCCACCCCCUGCUCCCAUACUCACACCGGAAGCCGUACAGGUUGCUCAAGCUCCUGCAAAAAUCCAGCAGACGACUGGUAAGGCUGAGCCUUCCCGUGAGGCGCGCAUUCUCCCACCAGGAAGCUCGAAUAAAAAGAGCCAAUCCCGAGAUAAUGGUUCUGCCUCAAACUCGAAUGGAGAUCAGACGGAAACCACAGGCAAUGGCAACGGCAGCGGUAACAACGCCUCCCCGCCAGAACCAUCACCCCCGGAGCAACGACCAACCCGGCCAAACGACCUAGAUCCUGACCGCGCUCAAAUUCCUGCUGAAAACAUGGAAUAUAUUCGACACUUGGGAUUGGUCGCACCCGAAUUACUACCUGAUGCUACGCACGAGGCUCCGGACGUUUCCCCUGACGCCGAGGGCUGGGUGUAUUUGAACUUGCUCUGCAAUCUGGCGCAGCUGCACAUGAUCAAUGUUACUCCUGACUUUGUUCGUGCUGCCGUUUCAGAGAUCAGUACUAAGUUCCAGCUUUCGCCUGAUGGUCGCAAGAUCCGAUGGCGUGGUGGCUCAGAGGGGACGAAGCUUACGAGCGACAGCUCUGCCGACAGCUCUCAGAAAAGCGACCGUUGGAGUGGCGGUGGCUCCAAGGAAGCGAAAAAGUCGAAGCGCAAGCGACAGAAGACCGGACACUCUACUGGUGACUCUGGUAGUUCUAGCAAGGACACGUCGAAGUUUGGCCCAGCUACAUCGUCGGACAGCUUCCAUUAUAAGCCUCUCUUUGUUCGACAAGACUCCCCAAACGGUAUUGCCUCGUUUGACGAUACUUUGUCAUCAUUUGGUCCGGUUGAAGAUAGCAACUUGGGUGAAUCACGAUACAAUAUGAGUGGCUCCGGCUCAUGGAAUCGAAAGAAGCGUCGCCGUGACGGUGCUGUUAUUUACUAUAGCGGUGCGCCUUUCUGCACUGAUCUGUCGGGCGACCCUGGUGAUACUUCGCCAGCCACGUACAUGAUGUCUAGCGGACAGGACGCGACGGAAAGCUCGACGCAAGCGCACCGGCCCUUGUUGUACCGAUCUCCAUCGGGGUCAAAUAUUGGCAUCCGACCGCUCAGCCACCCAAUUCCCCUUGCUUCCACGGAUGUACCCAUGAAGACCGACGACGACGAGGACCCACCUGGGUUCGCCACGGACUCGGGCGAGGAGACCAGCGACGCCGACAUGGAUUUUGGCUGGUCUGACGAGGCUCAGUACCUUGAGGUACAUCCGCUCGAGCCUUGUGGACUAGGCGGUGUACUGCCAGACGAUCACUUUAUGGUGGUUGUGACUACAAAGAGGCCAAAGGUGGACGCGCCAGGAGCGACAAAGAAGUAUGACGUAGGAAACUGGUCAGAAGCCACUGACAAUAUCAUUGUCAGACUAGCCUCCAUGUCGACGUCGUCGCCGGUGCCACCGCAGUCACGAUUUCCGUCGCGAUCCAGCUCACCUGGCGUGGAAAUCGAAUACACUUCAGGCCGGAUCAAGAGACUGGCACCUGUGCCGCUACCACCUCCGGUGAUUUUCUUCCCGCCGUUCAGCAGUGACGACUCGUACUCGUACGGUGAUUUGUCAGACUCGGAGCAGCAGUCACAAUCGAUGCCGUUGAUCUCGGAGGGUCUUGCGAGCCGGCGAUGCCUGGAGCAAUCGGACGACUAUCCGGAUGGUGUGGAUCUGAGCAGCGGCGAUGAGGAGGGCGACGACCCCGACGAUGAAUCUGGAGCGGAAAGGAUGUAUGACCGAUCGCCUAGCGAUCAAGUACCCGACAUGAUUCCGCGGGACCGAAUCCCGCGACACUCGAUUGGGAGUUCGGUGGCUGCCGCGGGGACGCCGAGAGGGCGGACCAAGAGUGCGUCCAGCAGCGACGACGAAGAGGAGUGA